UCCGCGUAGAACCUCCGACAAGCAGUCCAGUACACCUAAUACUCCUGCUGAUUGUCAGGAGAGGGCCUCUUGAUACUAACUAAGAAUGUCAAGCAUGCGUUGCUUAGACAAGUUUCUUUCUUGGCUUGAAAUGCACCAUUGACAGUCUGCAAUUAACUACUUGGGUGAUUCUGAUGCUUUGAAUCAUUUAUGACCUGAGUAAUAUCCUUGACAAAGCCCUAUAUGAAUAGAGGCAUAUUUGCACAGAGGGACCACUUUAUGAGCAAAAGCCAUGAAGAAACUUACAGUUUUCGAUUGAAAGGGCUGUGUUGAACACGGGUGUGAUACGUCUGAUAUACAACGAUGGCAUAAAAAGUUAACGUGCAAUCCUGCUUAAUAUAUCAUAUUGGUAUAUGCCAUGACUGGAUGAUAACGUUUUAUUGACUGCGUGUGUGUUACAGACCAAAGGAAUUUACAAUGUGCCAUAUGUUAUGUACUUUGUAUUACCUGAGCUGUUGAAUGUAAGAAGUGAAAGAGAUUUGAGACAACGUGAGACAUUCUUUGACAUAUACUUGGAUAUACCAGCUCAGUGUACUACGUUCUCUUCAUAACUCUCGCCAGUGGAUUAUUGUUAAAGAGGUGCUUCAUUUGAAGAUUUGCAUUCCAGUUCAGCCAGGAUGUUAACUAUGAGAUUGUCAGACUACCCUCUUGGCGGCUUAACGUCCCACUAUGCACCAACCUAUGACGAGGUGAUCGCGAUGCAAAACCAGUACCGAGAACCACCUCCCUACCCGGGGCACUCGAAACAACUUUAUAACCAGCAACCAGGUCUUCGUCAGAGCUUUUCUGGCAGCGAGACCAGCACCGAUGUUUCUGUUUCGUCCACCGAGAACCUUGCGACCUCACAGCGCCAAGAGCCCCAAGGCGAGGAAACUCAGACCCAGAAUUUGUACAAUCAGCUGGAUCUUAAUCCCACCGACAGUGACUACAGCAUUCUGGCCCGCCUAGGGAUGCCCACUCCGUCGUCCGUGGAACUCAAACCCACCCCAGUGCCUGCGUAUUUCAUAACCGGCCCUCCACAGGGCAAAGUAUACACUGUUCACAGCGAGGCCUCGCCAGUGUACGCCCAGGGUCAACUGACCGUUCCUCAGUGGUCCCCCCAAAUGGUCACCACAACGCAGUCGCCAGUCACUGUUUCGAGAAGCGUUGAAUAUAAUCAAAAUUUGAUUUCGACAUACAGGACUAUUCCUCAAUAUGUAAAUUCGCAAUGGAGUCCACAGUCUUCUACAGACCAGGGCAGUCAGUUGAUAUCGUAUCUCUCCAACCUGCCCCCGCCGCCGGAAUACCCAGGACCCAGAGCACCAAACACAGCUGAGAAAACGGAACUCAGAAAGUCAAGUGAAACCAUGGAUAAGAUAGAACUGACACGGUCACAGCCUGAUCUGUCACGACUCUCUGAUUCUCAGAGCAAAGUUGCCAUGCCCGUGUAUGCUAGUGAUCCCAAAUUCUCCACAGCAGGUUUAAGCAGCCACGCUCAGAAUGAGGAGGUCGAUCACCUGAACAUCGCUGCGCGGACAACGCAGGUGAUCGAGAUGCUGUCGGAGGAAAAUAGACGGCUGCGAGAUGAGUUGGAAAUAAACUACAAGAAAGUUUCGAAAUUACAGAAGUUUGAAUUUGAAAUCGAGAAGGUUCAUGAAGCAUACGAGUCUCUGGUAAAGUCGUCCGAGAAGCGUGAGCGGCUAGAAGCCACGUUAAAGAAAAGAUUAGAAGACGAGCUGAAGAAAGCCCGAGCAGAAAAUACUGAAAUACGAGAAAAAAUGGAGACGUCAUUAAAAGAGUCACAAAAUCAGAGAUCGGAAGAUGAGAAGGAAGCCCACCUGGGGAAACUGUUGGCUCAAAGGCAAGGACAGGAAAAGAAACUGGAUAUUUUAGAUUCGACCUUAACCAACACCCGACUGGUCCAUCUUGGUCAAGAGUGUUCCACCAAGCAGGGCCACCUCGACAAGAUGGAGCAGAUGCAGAAAUCCCUCAUGUCGCUACAGUCGGCAAGCGAGAGGCGGGAACAGAUGGAUAGACAGCUCCGUGCCAAACUGGAGAAAGAACUGGAUUCGCUUCGGGCACAGCAGAAGUUGGGGUGGAAGAGAAUUCCAGGCCAAAACAGCGACACCAUGACGGUGAUGAUGCUGCAGCAGAUGCUGAGUGAGAAAGAGGCCAAGAUCCUGGAGAUGGAGUCCGACAUCGCCAAGUGGGAGCAGCGCUACCUGGAGGAGAGCACACUGAGGCAGCUCAUGGCAGAGGACAGUGCUGGCACCAAAGACAUCCGACUUGCAGCCUUGGAGAAGAAUUCUGCAGAAACAGAGAAGCUCAUCGACGAAGCCAAGUCUGAGAAGCUGAAGCACAUGGAGGAGCUGUACCAGGCCAACAGAACAGUAGCGGAACUCGAGGCCAGGGUGAAGUCAUUGCAAACACAGCUGACUGAGAAGGAAGCGACGUUGAAGUUGGUGCAGCGGUCGCCGAUGACUCGGAGCAGCAGCGUCCACACCAUCUACUGCUCACCGCUACACUCCCCGCGUCCCUCCGUCAUAUCUACGUCAUCACUCAGUCGUCAGAGCAGCCAAUCUGACGCCUACAGGGACUUCGCUACCAUCAAACACGUCAAGACAGGUAGUGCAAGUGCUAUAGACUCCAGGUCUGCGGUGGAAGAAGAGUUGAGGGAGAAAUUCAAAGAUCUGCAAUCAGAGAGCAAGGAUGAUUCGGAUGAAGAGGGAAAACUCCUGAUGUGGCAAGUUUAACACUUCCUUUCGGCAUUCAUCUGGGCAGAUCUGAAAACGUCAACUUUCGUGGAAUGUGAUUGGAUGAAAUACUAAUCCAGAUGCUGUCUAUUAGCUCUGAUUGGUUGACUGCAAGUAAUUGCUGAAAGUUAUGAUUGGUUGAGAGAAAGACCCAUUGUGAUUGAUUGAUUAUCAAAUUAUGCAAUAUGACUGCCAAAACAUUACAUCAAAUGAUUGGCUUGCAGAAAGUAUGAUUUGAUUGGCUGGAAGAAGAAAUCAUUUGAUUGGCUGGAAGAAGGAAUCAUGUGACUUCCUGGAAGAAGAACCAUUUGAUUGGCUGGAAGAAGGAAUCAUUUGAUUGGAGGAAAGAAGGAAUCAUUUGAUUGGCUGGAAGAAAUCAUGUGAUUGGCUGGAAGAAGGAAGCAUUUGAUUGGAUGAAAAGAGAAAUCAUUUGAUUGGCUGAAGGAAACAUCAUGUGACUGAAAUGGUUUGCUCUGUGAGCAACUGUUUGAGAUGUUUGAUGGUUUGACUUUGUGUGCUAGGAUUGCCGACCGUGUUAAUUUAAUGUGUGAAAUUCUUGUGCAAUAUGUUGUGCCAUGGUGCUAUUUAAAACAAAGAGGUCUCAGUUGUAUAUAUAUAUGUAUAUGUGUCAGCGUCUUCCUUCCACUCGAAGUGUUUUCGCAACCAGUGUAGCAAACAUGCAAACAAAAAUAAUUCUUUUUCAAAUGAUAAGGAAUUUGUUGCCAAAAAUGACCCAUUUUUUCUAUUCCCCCAUUUUACCAGCCUCAUUUUAACUCAUUACAUGGAAGUGAUGUUGCUUCCUGUAAAGAAUUAUGAUAUUUCUCCAUGUCUGACAAAACCGACAUUCCUAGUCGUGCUAAAAUUUGAGUAGGUUGUUUGCUGCAGGUCAAUUGUUUUUCGACAUUUUGAGGAAGGGAGACCACUCAAGCCAGACUUGUAGGUUGGUCAGACUCUGUCGUCUCUGCUUUGGUCAGAGUGUGGUUUCAGUGUACAAGGAUGUUUGUAUAGGAUGUGAAAGGACAGGUUGCCAUGGAGACCUGCAAUGUCUGUUGGUAUGGAAUUAAUACAAGUCUGGUUUUGAAGAGGCACUUUUAACUGUUAUGUGAUCCAGGGUUGGUCUGUUUUGUAAAACAAUCAAAUGUUUGUUUUAUUCUUUUGCAAACUUGGUUAUGCAUGUUGGUUUUCAUGUGCAUUUACAAGCCCUUUUGAUUUUUUUUCCUUUUUUUUUUUUUUUUUUUUUUUUUUUUCAUAUUGACUGAAAAAUAGUUUGUGGAUACAAGACCCUGUUUGUUUGUUUAGUUUUAGGACCAAUUCCUGGAUCACAAGACAGGGGGUAGUUAUUUAUUUUUCCACUGCCAUGUACACACUGUAAAUAGACACAAAUACUGGUUGUGCCGUUGUUGAAAUAUAACCCCCAUAUGUCUAAUUCAAGUCAGCCAUUUUACAUUCAUCCAUAACUAGUUUUUUUAAGUGACAAAUGUUUUCAUUUCAUUAUCUACAAUUUCAAAUCAUAACAUUAAUAAUGCUUUAAAUUCUCUCUGGAUAAAGGUUUCCAGUACCCCUUUCAGAAGCUGUAACUAGUGAAAGGCCAAACAAGGAUAAGUUCUUUUGGAUAAUCUGCUAUUUAUUACAACAUUACUUAUCCGUAUAAUUACAUCUCCUCCUUUGUGUUACAAUUUCUAAAUGCGCUCCAAGAUAAUCUGUUUUCUAAAUUAAGACUGUUACCAUGGUUAUGAUUUAGUUGCAUAAUAUGUUGUUGAAAUGAAGCAGGUUAAUAUUACAAUGUAAUGUAAGACUAGUCUACAAGGUAUCACAGAUGUCCUCUUUAUGGGACUAGUUGUCUAGUUCAUGGGACUAGUAGACGGAUGUCUACUUGAAACAUAUGUUGUUGUAAUGGAUAUGUGGUUAUGUAGGAUAUAUAGUUAUAUAGGCUAUAAAGAUAUCGGGUAUACGAAGUUAUAAUGGAUAUGUUAUAACGGAUAUGCAGUAACGUAUACAAUGAUAUGACUGAUAGGAAAUUUGAAUGUGGGAUACGAAGUUAUAAAGGGUAGGCAGUUAUAACGGAUAUGCAGAAAAGUAUGCAAUGAUAUGACUGAUAGGAAAUUUGAAAGUGGGAUACGAAGUUAUAAUGGAAAUGUUAUAACGGAUAUGCAGUAAAGUAUACAAUGAUAUGACUGAUAGGAAAUUUGAAUGUGGGAUACGAAGUUGUAAUGGAUAUGUUAUAACGGAUAUGCAGUAAAGUAUACAAUGAUAUGACUGAUAGGAAAUUAGAAUGUGGCAUACGAAGUUGUAAUGGAUAUGUUAUAACGGAUAUGCAGUAAAGUAUACAAUGAUAUGACUGUUAGGAAAUUAGAAUGUGGGAUACGAAGUUAUAAAGGGUAGGAAGUUAUAACAGAUAUGCAGUGAAGGAUACAAUGUUAUGCCUGGUAGUUAUAGAAGUUGUAUACUAUAAAAUCUAUGGAGUUUGACAGGAUAUAAAGUUAUGUAGAAUAUGAAGUUAGGACGGAUAUCACUUAAGUUGAUACAAGUCUUAGCAUAGGAUAUGAAUGUGAAUAUGUUGUUGUCCCUAACGAUUAUACAUCUGUGGGAGGCUUCUGUCCAAACUGUCCAAUAUUUGUGAAACAUAGGAAAAAACAUUAGACUGAUAUGCUCUGACUUUUUGCAUAUUUGAAUGUGCUAAGAGUUACCUUGUCAAUGAAACAGAAAAAUCAGACUAACAUUUUCUCAAUAUACACAUAUUCAGGGUUUGACCUCUGUUUCGGAGAGUGGUAUCUUUGAGCUUUCUUUGGUAAUGUUCCUUUCGGCCAACUGCAAAACUGUGUUAAACCCUGAUAUUUUCUUUAAAUUUUAAAAUCAUAUUUUGGAAGAAAUGCAUGUUAUUUUUACUCUGUCCACAACUGCAUAAUUCUGACAUAUAUUCAUAUUUAGGCCUUAUAUUUCUUUGCUUGGUUUACGGAUAAACUGACCUUAAAAA